AUGUCUCAGCUGGAAACUGCAAUGGGAAUGACCAUUGCUGUCUUUGACCAGUAUGCAAAGACUGAUGGCAACAGGCAAACCCUCAGCAAAGCAGAACUAAAGACUCUGCUGGAAAAGGAGCUCCCAAACUUCCUCGCGUCUGGGAAGGACAAGAAUGCUAUUGAUAAAGUCUUCAAGAACCUGGAUGAAAAUGGAGAUUCCCAAGUGGACUUCAAAGAAUUUGUCAUCUUUGUGGCAGCUCUGACUUGCUGCUGUCACAAAUAUUUUGAGCAGAAUGCAGCCAAAUAGUUGUCAAACUACUCACAAAAGCUGUCUUUGCAUGUGCUCCAUAUGCCAGUGAUAUGGAUCCCUUCACUCCUUCCCUGUGCUGCCAUGAAGUUUGCAAGCAUGCUGGACUGUAAAAAUAAACCCUACUGAGCUUAUCUCCUAUCCUGAAUGCUAAUUUCUUCUCAUUUGUGGAACAGCCUGGGUUGAAUGACUCCCACUAACUCACACUGAGUAGUUUCUCCCUUUCUCUGGUUUUAAAACGCUUUUCUUAGCCAAAAGGUUCAAUAUUCAUACCUAUGCAGAAGCUGCACAAGAAUAAGGGCUGCUGGAGCCAUGAAUCAGCUGGAGGCUGUUUUUAUACAGCAGCAUCUCUGGGAUGCAUCCUAAAUGCACACAUGUGCCACCACAGCU